CUCUCUCUCCUCCUCAGCCUGGUGCUGCUGCUGCUGCAAGCUGCUGGUGUUGCCGUGACGAUGACAUCCUCCCCCCCCUCCCACACACACACACACACAGUGGAGAGGAGAGGGAGCAAACAAGAAGCUAUCAUGACUCGAUGGCUUCAGGCUGGAAAACAGACACACAGUCAGUCAACGCCUGCGUCUCAGAAAACAUGGCUGUCCUCCGUUUGAACCCUCUGUGAAUUAAACCAACACCAAGGUCUGUUGCUUUCCCCCCAAAUGAGACCCAAAGAGGAUUGGACCGGUGCUGUCACACUAUAAUUCUCUUCUGCUCUGGGAAAAGAUAACACAUGGAAGCAGAAGGACGUUUUCAAUGGAAAGUUUGUUGGAGUUUUUGAUGUCUGGAGCCCCUUUUUGAAACAACAGGAAUGUAAUGGAUUAAUCACAGUCGGCUCAAGAACUGAGAAAAGUGGAUGAUUGUACAGUGAAAUUACCGAAAAACAAGAUCUGAUUUCCCAGAACUCUUCUCUUGGUGCUGCAGGAAGGGGGGUACAUGGACAUCCCUCCUCUUUGGUUACCAAAAGGAAUGCCUCUCCUUAGAUCCAGCAUGUUCCAAGAGUUCUCGUAAGGAGCACGUUUGAACGUUUUGGCCCGUCCUCUCGCAUGCACGAUGGAAUAAAUUGUGAGACGAGGAGUUUACAAAAGCAAACAGACGGGAGGAAAACGUUGUCUCUGAACAUCCAGCCCCUUCCCCUGGCUGCAGUGUGGAACGAGGGGUGUGUUCGGAGGUUCACCCCCGCCAGGCUGCCACUCGCAGAUGGAGGCCCACCAACACUCCCCAGAUAGCAGCAGUGAAGAGUGCACCGUCCUGGAGGCUCCGCCCGGCAAAAACGCCUGCCCGCUACAUGCAGGGAAGGUGGCAGAGCUGUACUGUUCGGCCUGCGAGUGUGCGCUGUGUGAGGACUGCGUGCCGGACCAUGAGGAGCACCCGAAGGUGCCCUUAAGCCAGGCCCUGGAGCAGCACCGCAGCAGCCUGCAGGAGAGGCUGGGAGCCGUCCAGAACAGACUCCCUCAGAUCUCAGACGCCCUGUCCUUCGUUAAGGAGAUCCUCCAACAGCUGACCAAUCAGAGAGCUUCCAUUGAAGAGGACAUCCAGUCGAGCUUCGAGGAUCUGCACAAGCAGCUGGAUGUCCGGAAGAGUGUUCUGCUGAUGGAGCUGGAGGUCACAUAUGGACUCAAGCAGAAGGUCCUCCAGGCCCAGGUGGACAGCCUCGUCCGGGGAGAGGGGGACAUCGCGGCCUCCUGUACCCAGACGGAGGAGGCUCUGGCUGGGGAGGCGUGUGUGGCGAGCAUGCAGGCGGAGCAGGAGCUGCAGGACAGGCUGGGGGAGCUGGCCGGCCUCGGCCUGCCGUGUCAGCCGGAGGAGAACGACCAGCUGGAUCUGCUGAUGGAGACGGACGGGCUAAGGAAGUCCAUACACAACCUAGGGACCAUCGUCACGACCAGUGCAGUGGCGAGCCAGAGCGAAGCCAUGGGUGCUGGCCUGGAGCAGUGCAUUGUGGGACAUCCUGCCUCGGUUACCAUAGUGACAAGAGACAAGUCAGGGGGAGCCUGCAAGAGUGGCAACGCAAUCCUGUCAGCUGAGGUGUUCACCCCAGACGGCAGCAUAGUGGACGGAGAAAUAGUGGACCACAAGAACGGGACUUACGAGUUUGUGUACACGGUGCCGAAGGAGGGCAGCUUCUCGUUGGCUCUCCGUCUGUACGACCAGCACAUCAAAGGAAGCCCCUUCAAGCUGACAGUCAACAGGGUCUCAGAGGCAGAAGUAGAGGUGUCGCCCUCCACCACCACAGCAACCAACUCGGCAGCCUACGCCACCCCGUCCACGGGCUCCUCUGAGGGGGCAAAGAGACGAGGGAAGUCCCCCGGCCAGAAGAAAAAGGGCUCCAAGAGGGCCAGCAGCGCCCUGGGCACCCCGCGACGCAAAACCCAGAACCCCAUCGAGGAUGACCUCAUCUUCAGGAUUGGAACGAAGGGGAGGAAUAAAGGAGAGUUCACCAACCUUCAAGGAGUGGCCACCUCCUCCAGUGGCAGGAUACUGAUCGCCGACAGCAACAAUCAGUGUGUCCAGAUCUUCUCCAACGAGGGGGAAUUCAAGAGUCGUUUUGGCGUGCGGGGACGGUCACCGGGGCAACUGCAGCGUCCCACUGGCGUGGCCGUGCACCCCAGCGGCGACAUCAUCAUCGCCGACUAUGACAACAAGUGGGUCAGCAUCUUCUCCAGCGAGGGCAAGUACAAGGCGAAGCUUGGCUCUGGUAGACUCAUGGGGCCAAAGGGCGUGUCCGUGGACCAGAACGGUCACGUGAUCGUGGUGGACAACAAGGCGUGCACCGUCUUCAUCUUCCAGCUGACCGGCAAGCUCAUCACCAAGUUUGGUAGUCGAGGCAACGGUGACAAGCAAUUUGCAGGUCCACACUUUGCAGCGGUGAACAACAACAAUGAGAUCAUCGUGACUGACUUCCAUAACCACUCUGUCAAGGUUUUCACCCCUGAGGGAGAGCUGGUGUUGAAAUUUGGCUCCAACGGUGAGGGAAACGGCCAGUUCAACGCUCCCACCGGUGUAGCCGUGGACGUUAACGGGAACAUCAUCGUAGCCGACUGGGGCAACAGCAGAAUCCAGGUGUUUGACGGCAGUGGCUCCUUCCUCUCCUACAUCAACACAUCAGCGGACCCUCUGUACGGACCCCAAGGUCUGGCUCUGACCUCAGACGGACAUGUGGUCGUGGCUGACUCCGGCAACCAUUGCUUCAAAGUCUACCGCUACCUGCAAUGAUGGAUGGCUUGGAUGGAGAAAUGAAGAGGAGGAACGGAGAGAUGGAAUUAUUGCAUGAACCUCUACAGCUGCCUGUAACGAUGGAAGGAGGGGUUAGCAAAGAAGAAGGAUUAGCCAUCACUACAUCAUUAGAUCACAAUCUCAAGUUUUGACAUCAUUAAUGACUUGGAUAUCGUCGUAAUUGUAAAAAAAAAACUGUGGUUGACGGAGAACGGUGAGACAAAGAUUGGUCUCUGAAUUACAUCCUCAUUGCAGAAUGGGACCCAGGAGUGAUGCAAGGCUGGAGUAAAAACAGCUAUGCAACGACUGAUUCAUGAUGUCAAACUCUAGAAAUCCCUCUUCCUCCCAGUUUGGCAUUAAUAGAAAAAUGGAGGAGUGGAUGGAAAAAAAAGGCUUUAAAAAAAGAAAGAACAAAUAAAGGUUGCAAAAGGAGAUGACGGAAACGUCUUUGGAGACUUCCUAAACCUACAACGGAGUGAAUGAUGGAUAAAGGCAUUGAAGAAGUGUUCAUCAAAGGCGUGAGUGAAUAACGGCUGGUGUGUUUUUGGAGAGAAUGGAUCGGAAGAUUAAAAGUUUUCUAAUGUUC